UUGUGGCGACGCCCUGUUGAGUGGUUGGGCCAGGGAAACAUACCGCGGACAACUACAACAACAACACGAUAGACUGUGUGAUGUGCGUUUACAUCCCCAAUUUUAACGUCGUUUUGUUGGAGUGUUGGUGUGACAGUAACAUGUCAGCAGUUGCACAUAUGUUGAUGAACUACACGCAGUAGUAUCGCGCUCACCAGGUCGACUCUGGACUCGAGAUGUGUUACUGCACGAUGUUCGUGUUGCUUUUGACACUCGGUAUCGCUCUCUGUACCGGCUAUGAGACUGAUAAUGUGAAUUAUGGCGACCAAUUCAGGAUAAGGCUGUCUUAUAGAGCCCACACGCUGACGUUUUUCCGUGAUGGCAACACAGAUGGGACCAUCCUGUGGAGCCGUUACAAUUCUGCAGACACUGAGAGAAGGGGGAACAAGAUUGGUGUCUACUAUAUAAUAGAUAAAUCAACCCCACGGGACAGUGGCAGGUAUGAAGUAAGGGAUAAAAAUGGCGACCUUCUGUCCGAAAAGUCAAUUUAUGUAAACGCAAUCACAAGGACCAUUCAACUGACAGCUCAUGAGGAAUUCCGCUUCAAUUUUAAUCUAGAACAAGACUCCUGUAACAUAAAAUUUAAACCAUUAAGUCAAUAUGAAGAGUUUGUUUUAGUUGUUAGAGGCAGACUGCGGAGGGUUAUAUAUAACGAUAUCUGUGAAGAGCUUAGAUUUUUGCCACCAUGUGAGGUUUUCUAUGAGGAAGUCAUAAAGUCAUGCGAAGGAUACUUUGAGGUCCAUGACAAUGAUGACAACCUGGCUUGGCGGUUGGAACUGAAUGUUGAGUCUCCCGAUUUUGAUGCUUUUGAUGUAAACUCCGUCAUUUUUCCCACUGUCAUUCCCGGUGUCAUAAUUGCCUGCUGUUGUUGUUUGAGGCGCCUAUGCUGCAAGAAAAGCUCCAAAAAGGACAAACCGAACGAAAAUGAACCUGUUCUGUUGAGGAGGACUGAUUUCAGUGAACACUCUGAGACGCCAUACCCAGCUCAGCCUAAUGCUUCAACUGGCCCACUGAUACACAACCCUCCUGUGAACGUACCACCUGCAUAUUCUGAGGUUUCAGCUCCCAAUGUCCCUCCCUCCUAUGCUCCCACUGUCCCUCCGCCAUAUGCUCCCACUGUCCCGGUGUCCUAUGAUCCCACUGUCCCUCCCUCCGAUGCUCCCACCGUCCCCGUCUCCUUCACUCCCACUGUCCCUCCCUCCUUUGCUCCCACUGUCCCGAUCUCCUUCGCUCCCACUCUUCCUUCCUCCUCUGAGUAUGAGCCACGCUUUGAACUGAAGAGUUUUACCCUUUCCUCUUACUCCCCUCUCAGUUCAGACUCAACUGAGGGCGGUGUCUAUCAUUCAGACAAGCUGAACUUCUGAAAACCUUAAAAUUUAAUGGUGCACUCAAACUGGUCAACUUUCACAUUAGCGUUAUGUUAAAAAACAACAACAACUUUUUUAUUAGAAAGUGACUAUACACUGAUACAACUACACUCAUGGAUAGUAUAUUAAUACACCUUUAGAAAAUAGUAUGCACUGUACCUUUAAACAAAUAUAGCAUGAGUGCAGUCUUUUGCCUCUACACAAACAUUUUUUUUGUAUCGUUCAUGUUAAGUUAACCAGCUGUUGAUGAAUCAUCUUGUUCAACCAUCAGCAAAAUGUGAAACUUGUCUUUCUUCACUCAGACAGUUAAUCAGUUACCUACACUGGAAGCAGAUUCCGUGAUGUUUCACUCUGUAGGCACCUGAAAACAAACAAGGAGAACAAGUGAGGACCACAUUUUUCUAUCUGCUUUAGUGCCGUUUAUUUGAGUUCAGUGUCAACAUUCGAAGCCUUCAUAAGCCACAUGUGACGAACAGAGCAUGAGACCUUCUACUCAGAGGCAUAGGUUAGAGAUUUUCAGAGUACGUUGUGCCUUAUGAGUCUCACUUAGCGUCAUUUUUAAAUGCCUUUCAGUUCCAUGUAACACUAAGUGAAUCGUUUUCUUAUGCAGUCCCGUCAGCAACACAACUAUUCAAUACAGCCAACUUGACUGAAAACCUUUCAGGGAAGACAAAGUAAAGCUAAAUGUUUGUUCAUAUUUGUAUAAAACUGCAGUACACCACUUGCUCAGGCCACACACACAUAACAAUGUUUUUUUUUUAAAAGGUUUUAUAUUGUUUUACAACUAUAAACAUAUCACGUGCCACAGUUGCCUUCUUUGUGAAGUUUUUCACUCUAGAGUAACAAAGUGGCAUUAUUAUACCUCUGCGUGCUAUCCAUAUUGUGUUUUUAAAUGCAGUAUUUCAAGUGUAUAACCAAACAUGAACAUGCUGCUCACAGGUUUGACUGUGGCUCUAACUGCAUCCUUUUUUUUUUUUGCAUGUUUCUUUCCUCUUUCGUUAUAUUCUAACACAACUGUAGCGCCGUAUUUAGAGUUUUAAAUGUGAUAUAUGUCAUAAAAGUGAUGGUACACCUCUCAAAAAAGUCUCGACCGGAGGUUAAGACAGAGGAUCUGCAGUGGAGAUGCAUUAAAAUAGCUGUCUAAAAGUGGACACGAGGACAUACUGGAAGACAUCCUGGAGUGGAUACUUUUCUCCCGGGAGGGAGUCACUUUGUUGGUGGAUAUUUAAAAUAUAUUAUGUUUUUAUGGUUGAUUGUUACCGUGUUGUUUCCUAUCAUGUACAGAACAAAGUGUAAUGCUGGGUAAAAGUGAAUCAUGCUCAUACAAUUUUUGAAAUGGCAUUACAGUAACUGUCUAACACAUUUGUGUAAGUAUGUAGUUGUUUUAUAUGUAGUUCUCUUGUGAAUGUUUUUGUUUGCAGAUAAUGCAAUUUGUUGUUAGAACAAUAUUUGGAGUUGGUAAAGUCUUGUGUUUGUGUCAUGUCCUAUUUGGACACUAUAUCAAGUGCAUUAAACCUAAUAAUAGACCACUGUA